AUGUCAACAAACAAAAGUCACAGGUUGAUGUCUACAUUGAUAAUCUCUCGCAAACAUCCAUCAUCAUUGUCCUCUUUGCUCAUGAGGAAGAUUCAUUCUAUCAAUGAUGAUAGUAACAAUGCUAGGCAAAUGGAUACAUCGGAUCAUCAAAGGCUCUUCCAUUUAAAUUUUUCAUCCCAUCAAACCCAUCAAGAUCAUCAUCAACAACAAGCACCACAAUCACAUUCUUAUUAUCACCCACAGCAUGGUUCAACAAAUUAUCAGCACAGGUAUUAUCCCGAUUCUUCAUCAUCAACCGCCAAUCAUUUAAAAACAACUUCCGAUGCAGGCUCUCAACUUUCUCCCAUCGUAGUACAACAUUUGAUUCAAGAUAUCCAUUCGGAGAGACGAAAACGUAGACGAUCAAACAUGAUAAUUUUAUUCUUAUUGAUCGUGUUGGGUGUUGUUUCUUUUGAAUAUUGGAAAUUGUACGAAAAGUUUAAUCAGAGAAUGAAUUUUGAAGAUUUAAACAAAUUAUUCAGGAAAGAUCCAUCUGUAUUGCCAGAAGGAAUUCCAGCAUGGAUCAGUGGCAUUCUUCCGAAAAAAUCAACAACUAGUAAUGAAGAAGAGGGUGAAAUCAAGAGCAAUGUCGAUCUUAAUUCGGAAGAAUUGAAAAAGUGGAUACAAAUUGCAAAAAGCUUGAAACAAGAACGUGAAUAUAACGAUUGUAUUCGAGUUUUGGAAAAUAUUUUGUGGAAAUAUCCAUCAUCUUUUGUGGCGAGAGAAUUGUAUGGUCUUGUGCUAUUGGAGAAAGGACUUUACCGAUCAGCAUUGAAACAAUUUGAACAGUCUAUAAUUUAUGCUAAUUCUCCAACCUCAGAAGCUUCAUGCUACAAUAAUAUGGGUGUCUGCUUUUCAAGAUUGAAACAACACAAAGAAGCUGUGAUAGUUUAUGACAAGGCCAUACAAACUGCUCCAUUCGACGCUAAAAAUCGAGGACUGUACUUCUUCAAUAGGGCCAUUUCACAUCAACACAAUGGAGAUUAUCAAUUGGCCAUUAAUGACUACUCUCGUUCAAUCGCAUGGGAAGAAGGAUCAGAACAAAAUGCGAGCUCUCUUGCAAAAAAGUACAAACAACGUGCCUCAUGCUACUUUUUAAUCCAACAGUAUGAAAAAUCUGAAAAAGAUUACUCGCAAUGCAUUCUCUACGAGGAGCAAGACAAGAAUGCAAGUGUCAAUCAUAGAGCUGAAACUUAUUUUUUGAGAGCCAAUGAUUAUAGAAAGCUCAAAAAUUACACAUCGGCUCUUGCUGAUCUCGAUCGAGCCAUUGAGCUCAAGAAAACAGAUGCUGCCUUAUUCCAUGCUCGAGCUGUUUGCUAUAGAAAACUAGGAAAUUAUGAGAAAGCUUUGGAGAAUCACACCAUGGCUCUCAAUUUGAAACCUAAUUCUUCUAAAUAUAAGGAUAGCAUGAACAAGACGUCACUCUUAUUACAACAAGAACGUGCUUCAUCGCCUCAACGUCAAUCUCCCACAUCCGAUGAUUCAUUGAUUUCUGCCAACACUGUUUCGACAUUAAAUGUCAACGGUGGCAACACAACCAACCGUAUCACAAGUAACAAUACUACCAUUGUUCCAAGUGGUGAUGUGAAUAAAUAA